AUGACUUCAAUAUUGGCCGAUCAAUUUCUUGAAAUUUUCACGAUGAACAACUUAGUCCGUUCGUACUCACAUAUGCAUCUUGAAACCCUGCCAGCUGAAAUUAGAAUUCAAAUUCUCCUUCUACUCAAUGUUGAAGGACUUAGAUCACUAGUUCAAGCAUCACCCGUUUAUCACGACCAGUAUCUUCUAAAUCGCAAGCGCCUUCUCCUCAACAGCCUAUCGACCACACUGGGCAGCAUUUUCUUCGAAGCUUGUAUUGUCCAGGAGACCAGCUCAGUGAGCUUCUCGCAGACACGCAACCACGAUCGAAUCCUUGAGUAUUUUGGGUCUCUCACGGAAAGGCGCUGUCACUCAGAUCUAACGGCAGGACUCACAUUGAAUGAUGCCAUAAAUAUGGUAACCUUUUAUCUCUCGGUCUUGAAACCUUUCGCACGGCACUAUUUUGCGUGGGCGUUAGGCAAUCUAGCUAAAGAGCCGGAAGCAACACAUACGAAGAUUGACGAGGCAUUGAGUGAAUCAGAAGAACACAGAAUAAUCCGCGCUCUGUAUCGCUUUCAAUUAUGCAGCAACGUAUUCGGCUUGCUGGAAGACUUAUGGGAGCCCUGGGAACUGGAGGAGAUCAACUGCAUCUAUGUCUUUGCGGAAACAAAAUGUCGUGAAAUCCAUGAUGCUGUGACCUGGGAUUUCAGUGAGAGGAAUCCUCGGUUUGAUGACCAGGAAAGACCGCCUACUCCGGAUGGGGCGGUGGAUAUACCACAGCACAGCCAUGCUUAUUUGAUCGGGACUAUGACACAAGGCCUCGAGCGGUUGCAGACUAUCUUCUUCAAGGUUCAGGAGCACUCGGAAUUAGUCAACAUAAUGGAGCAGACCUUGGUUAUUUGGCUCGAGCAUUUCCUUCAAGGAGAUGUUCACGGCGCGUUCAACUGGGCGGCGCAAAGUGGACGUCGAGUUAGGGCACCUUCUGAGCGAGAUAAGACGGAGGAGCGAAGAGAGCCGUUGCCUUUCCGGGGUGAUAGGGUGGACGACUACUCAGACGGAGCGUACCCGCCAUUAGCAUGGACGCUUUUGUGGAAAGGAACAUAUAGCAAUAUGUUAGGAAGCUAUAUACCUGAUGUAUUCCAGAUGUGGGGGUAUGUUAUGUGGGAUGCGGCCCGGUUGGAGCGCACCGGUGCAAAGGAAGUAUUGGCAAGGGGAUGGGACUUGAUGUGGGGUGAGGCUGAAGAUGCGAGAGACCAGAGAGAUGAUUUUGAGUCGGUUUUUGAUGUUAUGUAA